GUUUUCCGUCCAAUCGCCUCUGCGGUCAGCAGACGAUUCUGCGGUUCCUUCUGGGACGUAAUCUUGUUCAAAGCCACUUUUGCCGACCAAUCCUAGUCAUCGAUGCCGGUGUUCGUCCUCUUGUUCUGGUGCUGUGUUCCGCCAGCGAACCUUCGGAAUGAGUUGACGUCGCUUCUGUUCUCGCAGGCAUAUUGGCCGCCUUAGAUGCCGCUCCCACGCUCCUUUGCAUUUGCCCACAUCACGGUGAUACUUACUGGCAAAGCGUAAUGGUACGCAGCGCUAAUGGUUAUUCCGACCGGGAGGUCAACCACAAUAAAGAUAGCCGCCCGCCUAGCAAACACGACGUUCUUGUACACUGGCUGGACAGAAACAUCGCGCAUGCAGAGCAUCCCGAUCAUGCUCAUCAGGAUUUCCAUCCCGUUAUCCAAGAGUUCCAGCGCUUCAUUGAGGGCGACCCAGUCAUCUACAUGGGAUUUCACCAGAUGUUCGAACAGCUUCCGAAUAGACCGCCCUAUGAUAGAGAUCCCACAGGAAGAUCUCAGAUCGGUGACUAUAAGCUCAUGCUGAAACUGUUCAACCGUAUCGUUGUCACCGCUCCUCCCUAUGAAGACCACCUUUAUGUUGGGUUCCCUAUCAACGCCAUCUUCAACUGGCCCAUGGGAACGCCAGCUGGGCUUGCUAUGUUCACCAACCCAAGGGUGAACCAGAUGCUCAGCAAGAUAUUCGAUGUCUGGUCCGCCUUCCUUACAUCUCCCGACUCCCGUUACGUCCUCACCACCGAGGACGACGGUUGGUUUGGACCCAGGGCGAGUGAGAAGAUGCCGAACUUUGCGGAGACGUACGCCUGCGACCCGAGCAAGGACUAUUACGGCUUCACAUCCUGGGACGAUUUUUUCACUCGAGUUUUCCGCCCGGGCGUGCGUCCGGUAGCGUUCCCCGACGACCACUCCAUCAUUACUAACGCCUGCGAGUCGGAGCCGUACCGGAUUGCGAAGAACGUGAAGGCGUCCGACAAGUUCUGGCUCAAGGGCUCGCCAUACUCGCUCGAACACAUGCUCAACGGCGACCCCUUCGUCAGCGAGUUCGCGGGCGGGACGGUCUACCAAGCGUUCCUGAGUGCGACGAGCUACCACCGGUGGCACAGCCCCGUCAGCGGCACUGUCGUUCGCGUGGCCAUCGUUCCUGGUAGCUAUUACGCCUCUUCACCCGCUUGGGUCCUCCCGAACGACCCCGAUCCCGUCGCGCAAAUGCAGUCGCAGGGGUUCAUCACGUGUGUGGCCUGCCGCGCAAUCGUGUACAUCCAGGCGGAUAAUCCGAGCAUUGGCCUGAUGUGCUUCAUGGCCGUGGGAAUGGCGGAGGUGUCGACGUGCGAGGUCACCGUGAAGGAUGGAGACAGACUGAAGAAAGGCGACCAGCUGGGGAUGUUCCACUUUGGAGGGUCAACUCAUUGCCUGAUUUUCCGACCGGAGACGAAGGUAACGUUCUUGAAGGAUUAUCCUCCGGAUUCCAUCGUUCCCCUGAAUGCCGCAAUCGCUACAGUUAACAUGUGAAGUAAAUUGCGUCGACAAUUAGUGCUUAGUACAUUUAGCUGAAGGAUUACUGU